ACGAGUCAUUACCUUUGUAAGCAGAGCAUUAUCAAAGUCUGAAAAGAACUAUUCUGCAUACAAGUUGGAGUAUUUAUGCUUGAAAUGGGCUGUCACUGAAAAGUUUUCAGAUUAUCUGACAAACAAUCACUUUGUUGUUCUAACAGAUAACAAUCCUUUGACAUACAUCUUGACCUCAGCAAAACUUGAUGCCACGGGACAAAGAUGGGCAGCUGCAUUAGGACAAUAUGAUUUCGACAUAUAUUAUAGAGCAGGGAUUAAGAACACCGAUGCAGAUGCAAUGAGUCGUUAUCCAUAUAACCUUGACACAACAGAUGAAGACAUUAUUAAGAUAGAAGAUAACGUAGUCAAAGCAGUUUGUAACUCAACAACUACUUCAUAUUUAGAAUCUCUUCCAACAAUGAACAUCAAUAUAAUAGAAGCAACAGAGAAUACAGGACAACCAAUGGCACAACUGGAAAUGAGAGACAUUAGAAGAAAACAGAGAGAAGACCCAAUAAUCGAUAAAUGGAGGAAAGCAAUCAUAGAUCAACAAAUCCCGGACAAAUGUUACUCGAAAGAAGAUUUUACAUUGAAAAGAAACUUUAAAUAUUUAAAACAGAAAAGAGGAAUUUUGUUCAGAGAAACAGAACAAAAUGACAAAACAUUGGAUCAAUUGGUAAUACCAGAAUUCUACAGAGAAGAUAUUUUAAGAGGACUUCACAACGAUGUUGGUCAUCCGGGAAAGGAGAGAACUCUCAGACUUGUUAAAGAAAGAUUCUUUUGGCCUGGAAUGACAACAGAUGUAGAUAAUUGGGUAACAAAAUGCGAUCGAUGCCUGAGACGAAAGACAAAUACAAGUUCUAGAGCUCCAUUAGUUAACGUUCACACUACAUACCCUUUGGAAUUAGUCUGUUUCGACUUCUUGACUCUAGAAACAUCAAAAGGAGGUUUUGGUAACAUAUUAGUUGUAACAGAUCAUUUCACCAAAUUCUCUAUGGCUAUACCAACAAAAAACCAGACAGCUAAAACAACAGCAGACGCCUUUUACAACAAUUUCAUCAUACACUAUGGUAUACCUACUAGAUUACACUCUGAUCAGGGGGCCAAUUUUGAAUCUGACAUCAUUAAAGAACUUUGCAUUCUAACUAACAUGAAGAAAUCUCACACAUCUGUGUAUCACCCGCAAUCCAAUUCCGGUCCAGAAAGAUUUAAUCGAACGCUACUUGAUAUGCUUGGAACUUUGGAAAAUUCACAAAAAUCUGAUUGGAAAAAAUAUAUUAACUCUUUAGUGUUUGCAUAUAACUGUACACCUCAUGAAUCAACUGGAAUAGCCCCAUAUGAACUAAUGUUUGGAAGAAGUCCCAGAUUACCAAUUGAUACCAUGUUUGAAAAUGCAAGAGAACACACUUCUAAUAAGAAUACAAGGGAAUAUAUUGAUGACUUAAAAGAAAGGAUGGAAAGAACAAGACAAAUUGUAGAACAACAUACAGAUAAAGCUAAACAAAAGCAAAAGAAACAAUAUGACAAGAAGAUCAGAGGUGCAAAAAUAGAAAUUGGAGACCGAGUUUUAGUUAAAAUCCUAGCACAUAGAGAAGGAAAACAUAAACUGGCAGACAGAUUUGAAGAGGAUAUAUAUAAAGUGAUAGAUCAGCCAAGGAAAGAGAUACCUGUUUUUCAAGUGAGAUCUCCCAAUGGUACAGUUAAAACACUGCACCGAAAUCAUCUACAUCCGGUAAACUACUUGGAUGAUAAUGAAGAUAAUAAAGAUGAUACUGAAGAAAUACAAGAGAAGAUAGAAAAUAUAGUGGAACAUGGACAAGAGAAAAGAACGGAUGCAUCCGAAGAAAGAAAGAGUGACGUCACAAGUGAGGAGUCUGAUGAAGAUGAUGUUGGAUAUUUUCUUAUCCCAGAGACUAGAAUAUAUGGGGACGCCCGUACAUCUGACAACAACUCAUCUAAAGCAAGAGAUAAGGAAAAUAAAGUGUUUGUAACAACAAUACAUAAUGGAAAUGAUGCAGAAACUAUAGAUGUUUCUGAUGAAGGAGAGAGACAGGAUAAUAAAGGAACAGAGGAGAAAUUGAUAAAAGAUUCAGAUGUGACAUCUAAUAAAACUACAGAUGUAGAAGAAGAAAAUACAGAAGAGCAUAUACAAGAGGCAGGAGAGAAUACACUUGAAGAAACAAUAAACUUUGGGCAUAUAGAAGAACCGGCUGAUGUGGUAGGAAAUAUCAUUAGACAAGAUGUUACUAUACAUAGAAGAGAUAGAUUGGAAGAAAGACAUAGAGAUAUUGAACAUAUAGCAAGAGAAAAAGGAGAUGAGGAUGGAAGUGUUAAACACAAAGAAGAAAUUGAUGGCAGAAACUUAACUGUAGAAGUAACAGAUACUGAAACAGACACAACACUAGGAGAAACAGACACACAGACACGAACAAAACAACUUAAGAGAAACACUAACAGGAAAAGACUUUUACCACCAGAUCCACCAAGAAGAUCUGAUAGAGCAAGAAAACCACCAAAACGCUAUGAAGAUUUUCAAAUGUACGGAAUGGUUAAUACAAGCACUACACCAUAUGAUUCUAGAUUCAAAGCUCUGGAGACAUUAAUUGGAUCAGGGGUACUUCAAACCAUGGACAUAGACACAGCAAGAAAAUUAGUAACAUCUCUAAUGUCAUAAUAAGUUUUAAAAUUUUAAACUGCUUUUAAGGUUUGAUGAUAAUAAUAAUAAUAAAAAACCUAAAUCAUAUCAAACUUAAUAUAAAACCUUUGAUAUUAUUAUUUUAAAAAUAUAGUAUUAAUGUUCUUAUGAGAUAUAUCAUAAUGACAUUUUAAAUGGGGACAUUUUAUUUUAAGCAGGGGGGAGAAAGUUGAAUGUUAAUUAAAGUACAUUGUAUCAAGUACAUAGUACUUUAAGUAUAUUAUUCUUUAUGUACAUUGUCCAUUACGCGUUUAAUCCAUUGUCCGCAAUGUUAAAUUGUCUUAAGGAAGUUAAAAGUUAAAGUAUGUUAUUCUUUAAAGUGCACUGUUCUUUAAGAAGAUUGUUCUUUAAGUACAUUGUCUUUAAAGUACAAACAUUUUUUUGAUUAAAGGGAGUUGAUCAUAUAAAGAAUCAUAUUGUGUUUGGUAUAUUCACAAUACAUGUUUAAUGUAGUUAGUAUUAAUCUAUGACUAUCAUAGAUUUUAGUAUGUUAGUUGAAGUAGAGAUAUUUUGACGAGACAAUGACGGGACGUCAUUUAAGACGGGGCGGAAAUGUGUAACCAAGUGCUAUUUUUAAGGUUUUUGCUAUUUUUCAAGAAAGGUAACUCUGUCGGCCUUGUUUGAUUUUAAUCUUUACUUUGUGUGAUUAUGUCCCCUUGACCACAUUUGCUAUUUGCUCAACCAUAACGUUUCCCUCCUAAAGUUAGGGUCACUUGAGGUCAUUCUUUGUGUUAAAGAAGUUGUUGGUCAUUGUGACAUGUAGAUGUGUUGGUUUUAUAUUAUUAAUAAGGAUUUGGAUUGAGGAAUUGGUAUUUGUAUGUUUUAUUCAUUUGUUCUUAAAAGUUCUAAUGUCAACUAAAUGAAGACUUAUAGUAAUUAAAUACAGUUGUGGAUUUGAUAAAAGUUAUUUUGAUAAAUUUGUAUUGUUCUUGAGUGUUAGAAUUCAAGAUGGCAGCAUAUGUUCUUAUCUUAUAGUUAUUCCUAGAAAUCACUGUUUCUAUUUGUAUUGCACUGAUGUUUGUAAAUUACAGUUUACAGCAUAAUUAACAGCACAGUGAGACAGGGGUGAGUGACAGAGGUACAUGUAUAUUUACAGAGUCUGAUCCACAAUUGGGCUUGGUAGAUGUGAUGUAGAUGUGAUGUAGAUGUGAUGUAGAUGUGAUGUAAAUGUGAUGUGUAUGUUGUAUGAUGUAUGACAUAUGAUGUUUGAUGUUGAGAUGUACCAAAUUGGAAUUAUAUAUAAAGCUAGUGUCCACUACAAAUUAAAUUGAUGAACCAGUAA